AUGAAACAAAAACGAGCCAUCCGCCUACUGGUACCAGAUCGUCCUUUGCGGGCUGGAAGUAAGGAAUUGGUGGAAUUGUCACUGCGGAUUCCGAAUGCAGUGCAGAUUUUGGAGUCUAAUGCCGUUUUUGAGGGAGUAUGUCGUGCCACGUUCUCGGGACAAGACUCUCAACACACUCUAACCAAGGAGAAGUUGCAUAUUCCGUUUUCAGCAAUCCAGCUUCCAACGACCAAAGGUGUCGAUGUGAUUCCAGAAGGGCAUCAUAGACUUCCAAUCUUUCUGAAUGUUCCACAUCAUAUGCCAGGCACUUUCAAUGGAAAAUUCGGAGCAAUUGUUUAUCGGUUCUUGAUUAAACUAAAAGUGAAAAGAUUCUCAUCAGGAGACGAGGGAACAAUCGAAUGUGAGAAGGCUGUUGAUGUAUUGGGAAGGGUUUCGUUGGAUCAGCAACCGUCGUUUGCUCAACCGGUAUCAAUUGAUAGAAAUGUUAAGAAGAAGGCUUUCUUCAUGAAUCGUCUUGAGGCUCACAUCAAAUUUGAAAUUGAAAGAGCCGCCUAUACAGUUGGGGAGCAUAUUCUGGUGACUGGUGAGAUCAAGAAUGAGCAUUUGAGCAGUCCAAUAAAGCACGUCAGUCUGGAAUUGAGACAACACAUUCUAUAUGCAAGUGGCGAUGCUCAGAGAAGCGACUCUCGUUUGAUCACGCGCCUCAUUCUUGGAUCAGUUCCUCCAAAUGAGACAUUCGCCGUCUUCCACUCAUUCCAAGUUCCAUUCGAUUGUUAUCCGUCGCUUUGUUGGAAUGGAAACCCGGUUCAGGUUACUUAUGAGCUCCUGUUGACCAACUCAGGAUGCUUCGAAAUCGGAACUCCAGUUUUUCUAGGGAACUGUGGAUCGCCGAGUGCCAGCCGCAGAAGUAUUAUGUACCCUGAGUCUACUUCUGGAGGAGAUGCUCCAAGUACCUACUACUGUACUCCACCGACUGAAAUGAGUUUCUGCGCGGAUCCUCCUCCAUAUUCGACAUUCGGAAAACCUGAUCCCGUCUUCAUCCCAAUUCAUAUGCUCAAAACUCCUUAUCGCCCAUUCGCUCCAACAUAUCAUAUGUCUGGAAUGUUCCAUCCACAAGGACCACCGAAAUAUGAUUACAAUUUGAAUCAGCGAAUGCAACCCGAGUCCCCGCCACCACCGCGAUUUUUGAAGAUUGAGGAAAUUGAAUAA